AUGGAGGCGAGUCAAUUCCAGACCCAGGUUGGGUCUAUCCCAAGGAGAUCAGUGGGCGCCCCAGCUGCUCAGCCAGUGCCCUCGGCCAACAUAGCACCCACGUCGAAAAAGAUGAGGCGACAGUCGUCCAUCUCGAGUCUCCUGUCGGCCUAUUCACGGACUUCGUCGGACUCUGUGCAUAGGUCAUCACAGGAUAGCCUCUUCACAAAGGACAGUGAGCCGUCGUAUUCACCAGAGCGAGAAGGGAUGAACAAUACUCAGCAGAAGCACACAAAUGCUUUUGCAGCAUUUUCAGUGAACCCUUAUGCCGACGAGGUGCCGCAGACAACGAAUGAGCUAGAGGUUGAGGCCUUUCCGCCGCCGCCUCCGUUGAAGGACCCGGCCCGGCCGACCACCCCGUCAAGGGCACUCCCACUCGACACAUCCCGGGACGGCGGUACUGCUACAUCGCCGGCGUCAGACGUGGGCGGGUCGCCACCACGACGGGAGAUCUGGCGGAGGAGAGCAUCGUCGAAAUCAGACCGUAGCCUAAUAGUCCCGGAGCUCAAAUUGGCUGUGUCCCACGGGUCAACCGCAGCCACCGCACAGCCAGCUACGGCAGAAUCGAGCUGUCUCCCUCCACCACCUCCGGAAAAGAAUACACCUGCUACUGCUGCUUUGCCUCCAAGAAACGCAUCGUUGCCUGGCAGGAACAUCCGGCCCACUCGACAAGCAGAUAUGGCAGCAAACGACAGCCCCGAGUCCAGGGCCGAGUCCAAGGCCGAGUCGGAAGCCAAGCCUGAGCCGCCAAUGAAAGAACAUGCUGCCCCGAGUCAGUCGGCUGCAGACGCGAAUACCGCAGUGCCCACCAUGGCGGCUGCACCGGGAGACCCCAAGGAGUCCGCUGCGGGAAAGCCAAUUUCGCGUCGGCCGGUCGGACCCUCCAAGCGCGACCAACCAGAGGUCCACCAUAAGAUAAGCACCCCUACUUUGGCAAACUCUAGCCAGGGUGCCGCUCAGCCCGCGAGCAAAUUCGCUCCUCCUUUUCGUAGUCCGCGCCUUGUACAUUCCCAGAGCAGAUCUUCUCUGCGCGACAGGUCGGCACCGGCGUCCCAUAAUGUUCAAGAGACAGUGAUGGCCCAGGUUCCCGCCCUAUCAGUCCGGUCACCGAGCUUCCAGAACUCCGGCUCAGCCCGCGGCCCACGACCAGACCAGAUGACUGUUAUGGGCGCAAAGCCGAUGCUGACGCCUCAAAGCUCGGGCGAGCGUCUGAAGCAGCCUGGCUAUUCCCAUGGUGCACACUCAACCGACACGACCUCCCCGCCGAAUGACUCGACUCCUCGCCAGAAGACGCUGGCUCCAUCACGAAAUAUCUCGACAGACCUGCGCGCCGUCCCCCUCAGCGACGUUAAUGAGGCGUUUGAGGGUUCCGCAGCAACAGCGCUGGGUGAUAAUCUCACCGAAGAAGAGACGGCACAACUCUCCGACGCACUUGCCCGCUUCCCUCGCAACCUUGAGGUCCCCGGCUCCGACGAUGGUGUCUGGCCCUCCCACCCCGUCGCCGACAAGCACUUUAACUGCUACGCGAGGCACGCGCACCUCGUCUUCGCGAAGAACACCGCCUAUUCCCUAGCGUGUCAGACGUGCGAGGUUCCCGACAAGAAGCCGCGAAGGGUCUGCUCCUGGUGCAAUCUGCGAAUCUGCCUCAAGUGCUGCGACAUCCUCACAUCGAGCGGCCGAGACCUGAAGGCGGCCAUGCCGAUAAUUGCGGAGGAGAAGCGCCGCGAAAAGGGCAAGAGCAAGGAAGGAGACGCGCCUGCUGCUGGUGCGAACGACAGUUAG